AUGCACCGCAUGGGAAAGACGCAGGAAACCCGGCGAAACUUCCGUUCUAUCACCAUUCUAGGAUUCUGCAUAGUUCUUCUUUCGACUUGGGAGACUAUCCUUGCCACAUCUGUCUUUGCUCUUGCCAACGGCGGAACAGCAGGGCUUAUCUGGGGAUACUUCAUCGUCAUGAUCGGGUUCGGCUUCGUUGUCGCUUCGUUGGCUGAGAUGGCAUCGAUGGCACCAACGGCUGGCGCACAGUACCACUGGGUAUCAGAGUUCGCACCUCCAAGCUGCCAGAAGUUUCUCAGCUAUCUGGUAGGUUGGCUCGGGGUUCUGGGCUGGCAGACCGGUGUAGCAACAGUUUCGUAUCUUUCCGGAAAACAGAUCCAGGGUCUCGUCAUCUUGAACAAUCCGUCGUACAUUCCGAAGGCGUGGCACGGAACGCUCCUCAUCUGGGCUGUCCUGGCCAUAUGCUUGGCGUUCAACACAUACCUCUCUCGCCAUCUACCAUUAAUAGAAGGAGGCGUCGUCAUACUGCACGUUGCUGGAUUCUUCGCUGUCGUAAUUCCACUCUGGGUCAUGAGCGAUAGAAGCCACUCUUCCAGCGAUGUCUUCACGGUCUUCGAGGACAAUAUGAUGUGGGGGAAUAUUCCGCUCGCAGUCAUUCUUGGCCUUACGAGCGCUACCAGCUCCUUCGUUGGCGUUGAAGCGGGAGCACACAUGGCGGAGGAGGUUCGCGAUGCUGCACAUGUGAUCCCGCGCGCUAUGAUGUGGACGUGGCUCGGGAACGGGUUGCUCGGCUGGAUCAUGGCAAUCACCUUCUGCUUCUGCGUCACCGAUACAGUCUCUGUACUUACGACACCACUUGGCACGCCUUUCAUUCAAGUUUUCGUCGACACAACCAAGUCCGUAGGCGGCGCGACUGCGCUGACGGUUUUGAUGUUGGUCGUUGCGAUUUUCGCUUGCGUUGCUAUCAUGGCAACAAGUUCACGCCAGGUAUUUGCCUUCGCUCGUGAUAAUGGCGUCCCAUUUGCGCAUGUCUUCAGCAAGGUAUCAACGAAGCGCCAAGUACCGAUCAACUCGACCUACAUAACGGUUGUUUUCGUCGUGAUUCUGUCAUGUAUCAACCUUGGCUCCACUGUCGCAUUCAUGCAGGUGAUCUCCCUUGGUGUCGCUUCGAUGCUAACGUCGUACCUGAUCACGAUCUCGUGCGUUGCCCUGAAGCGCAUAAGAGGUGAACCGCUUCUGCCGUCCAAGUUCGACCUGGGAAGACUUGGAUUACCGAUCAACAUUAUCGCUGUACUGUUCCUGCUGUUUGCUUGGGUCUUCUGUUUCUUCCCUGUUGGGCCUCGGCCAACAAUUACAGAUAUGAACUGGGCAGUAUUGGGAUAUGGGAUGGUCGUUCUCUUUGCUAUACUGUACUACGUUCUUCGUGGCAGACACGCGUACGUUGGGCCGGUCAAAUACGUUCGGAUGACAUGA